CCCCGACCCCCGCCCGCGGCCCCGCCCGCGGCCCCGCCCGCGGGACACGGCGCUAUGAUGCGGUUCAUGCUGCUGUUCAGCCGCCAAGGGAAACUGAGGCUGCAGAAGUGGUACCUGGCCACGGCCGACAAGGACAAGAAGAAGAUGGUGCGGGAGCUGAUGCAGGUGGUGCUGGCCAGGAAACCCAAAAUGUGCAGUUUCCUGGAGUGGAGGGACCUCAAGGUGGUCUACAAAAGGUACGCCAGCCUCUACUUCUGCUGCGCCAUCGAGGGCCAGGACAACGAGCUGAUCACGCUGGAGCUCAUCCACCGCUACGUGGAGCUGCUGGACAAGUACUUCGGCAGCGUGUGUGAGCUGGACAUCAUCUUCAACUUCGAGAAGGCCUACUUCAUCCUGGACGAGUUCGUGAUGGGCGGUGAGAUCCAGGACACCUCCAAGAAGAGCGUCCUCAAGGCCAUCGAGCAGGCGGACCUGCUGCAGGAGGAAGACGAAUCCCCCCGGAGCGUCCUGGAGGAAAUGGGGCUGGCGUAGCCCCCUCCCCAAAAUCCAUUUUUGGGGGGGUUUGGCUUGGACAAGACCCCCCCCCAAAUUUUGGGGACCCCUCCCCCACCCCGAGGGACCAAUCCCAGCCUGGAGAAGACCCCGGGGGGGGGGG